GGGCUUUCGUCAGCCCUGCAUCCACCCAGGCACCUUUCCCCCAGUCACAGCUCAGGCAUUCCCAGCCCCUCUGUGCGCCGGAGCCCAGCGGUGGGAUGGCGGCUGGGAGGAAGGUCCUGACUCUGGACUCUGUGAAUCCGUGUGUCAAAGGCGCCAGGCUCCCCACGCUGGGGCCCCUGCUGGAGAGGGCCUCGGAAAUCCAGCGCCAGCUGGUGCAGGGAGAGGAGAAGCCCUUCCGGGAGGUUAUCUGGUGCCACUCGGGGGACCCCCACGCUGCAGGCCAAAGACCCAUCACCUUCCUACGCCAGGUGGCUGCCAUCUGCGCUUACCCAGAGCUGCUGCAUGCUGACUCCAUGCCACGGGACGCCAAGCAGCGAGCCAGCCGCAUCCUGCAGGAGCUGCACAGCUCCAGCGCCGGGGCGUAUAACAUGGAGUACGUCACCACCGCUGUCCCCCAGAGGGUGGCCCGCUACCUAGAGAGGAGAGACGGGGGCAUCCGCUGUGACCCCAGGAACAUCGUCAUGUGCGGGGGCAUCACCACGGCCAUAGUGGACUUCCUCUCCCUGGUGGUCAAUGAGCAGGACCCCAGGAGGGCGGGCGUGCUGCUGCCGGUGCCCGGGCACCCUCUCUUUGCGGACGCCGUAGCACUGGCCGGUGCUGUCGGGGUGCAGUACCACCUGGACGAGGAGGGCGGCUGGGCCCUGGACGUUGGGGAGAUCAGGCGGGUGCUUGGCCAAGCCAGGGGACAUUGCACCCCCAAAGUGCUCUGCGUCAUCAACCCUGGAUACCCUACGGGUGAGUCGGAGCGAGCGGCCCCUGCCCAACCCCAUCCUCAUCAGCUCUCCUCCAGCGUGCCCCGAGAUGCUGGGAGCCAGCGGCUGACCCUGCCGUGGGCCCCACAGGGAACGCGCCCGUGGGGUCUGCUGGGCUCUUCCUGUAACUGCUGCACCAUGGCACCCAGACGCCAGGGCCCUGGCUCACCCAGCACUGCCCCGCCCAGGAGGAGAGCCCAGUGGGGUCAGGGCCAGGAGCACGGGGCAGGAGAUCACAGCCGGGGACGUGCCCAGGGCAGUCGAUGCACAGACGCUCUCUGGGGCAGGACAGAGCUAGGAGAACAGGACACAGCUGCUGCCUCAGACACAGGCCCUUGGCGCAGAGAAGACCCCGUUCCCCGGCCUGCCUUGCCCAGACCGGGCGACCCCACCCUCUGCCAGGGGGCUCCUGGAUCUCGGCCUCCUCCCGGGUCACUGUGGGACGAGGCCAGGAUCAAAGGGACCCGGAGGCCCCUCACCCACUCUGCUUGUGCUGCAGGCCACGUGCUGAGCAGGAGGCACAUGCAGGAUGUUCUUCAGUUGGCUGCCCAGGAGAGGCUGCUCCUGCUGGCGGAUGAGGUUCACCAGGACUGUGUGUUCACCCCGGACGCCCCCUUCCUCUCCUUUAAGCGGGUUCUGUGUGAGCUGGGCCCCGCAGUCUCCAGCGCGGUGCAGCUAAUCUCCUUCUACUCCGUCUCCAAGGGCUUCGCCGCAGAGGGCGGUUUCCGGGCCGGCUUCUUUGAGCUUGUGAACAUCGACCCAGCAAUCAUGAAACGCUUCUGCUCCUGGGGAAUGUCCGUCUACCCCCUGAUCCUGGGCCAGGUCCUGCUGGAUGCCCUGAUGGAACCGCCACUGCCCGGGGAGCCCUCCUGCCGGACCUUCAUGGCAGAGAAGCAGGCAGUACUGAGCGACCUGGCCCACAAAGCGCAGCUGACCCAGGAGAUCUUCAGCCAGGUGCCCGGGAUCCGCUGUAACCCCGUGCAGGGCACCAUGUACUCCUUCCCCAGGAUCCAGAUCCCAGCCAGGGCUGUGCAGGAGGCCCAGGCCCUCGGUCUGGAGCCUGAUUUCUUCUUCUGUCAGAAGCUGCUGGAGGCGACGGGGAUCGUACUGGCCCCAGGGAGCACCUUCGGGCAGCGCCGGGGCACCCACCACGUCAGCACAGGGAGAGGUGCUUCCUCUCUCCAUGGACUGUGUCACUCCCGCUUUCUAGCAUGUAUCUCCCAACUGGGUGCCGUAGACCUCGACCUCACACAGGGUGAGAUACUCCGCCCUGCCCGGCAUGGUGAGUCUGACCUAGUGGCCCUUCAGCUGAGGGAUCCUGGUGCGGUGUCAGUGAUGGUCCCGCAGCUGCAAAGAGCAGAAGACAAGAGCGAGAGGCUGAGAUUAGGGGGCACCGGCGAGUUGGCAGCAGGACGGAUGACCCUUUAACUUUGAGCCUGCGGAGGCCAAAACACGGAGUGAAUGACAGACUGUUGGAGACGGGGGGUGUCCCUGUUCCCCAUCACAACCAAAUUCCAACUAGAAAUAAGGUUCACAUUUCAUCAAUCAGGGUCAUUAACUGCUGGAGCAGAUUACCGAGGGACACAAUCGAUUCUCCUUCUCUUGCAGUCUUUAGAUCAAGACUGGACGUCUGUCUAAAAGAUACACUGCAGCUCACACUAAAAUUAUGGGCUCAGGGUAGAAAAAAAUGGUUACUUACCUCUCCUAACUGUUGUUCUUGGUGAUGUGUUGCACAUGUCUGCACAUGGUCUGGUCCUUUCAAUAUAACAUGCCAGAGCCCGCCUGAUGUCCAAGGAGAGCCGGCUCUGCUCCUCCCUAGUGGCUUGAGGUUUAGGGUAGAAGACUGGCAGAAAGACCGGCUGGCUAUAAUGGAAUUGGGACACAACCUUUGGACGGAAUUUAGGGUGCGGCCAAAGCUGUAUCUUGCCCUUAAAGAAAUCUGUAUAGGAUGGUUCCACCAUAAGGGCCCAAAGUUCUGAAAAGUAAUCGCCACCAGAAAGGCUGUCUUGUCUUCCAUGAGAGAUAUAGGAGUGAGCACGUCUCCAUGGGUUCCAACGGCAGCCCUGUCAGUUUUGAGGGGACGAGGUUCAAAUCCCAUGGAGGGAGUGGUUCAUUCACUUGAGGGAAUGCCCUCGCCAGACCUUUGAGGAAGCGAGUUACCAUUUCAUGUGAGAACACCGACCUAUUGUCGACCUUCGGGCGGAAUGCUGAAAUGGCUGCCAGGUGGACCUUUAUGGAGGAAAGGGCUAGGCCCUGUUCCUUCAAAGAUAGGAGGUAGUUCAGGAUAAGUUGGACCAAAGAAUGCAUUGGUGGGACCUCACGACCAGACAACCAGAGAGAAAAACGUUUCCAGCUUUGCACAGUGAGCCGUCCUCGUGGAAGCCUUCCUACUGCCCAGGAGAACUUUUCGGACCUGCUCUGAACAAGCCUGCUCAUCGGGACUCAGACAUGAAGAUACCAGGCCAUUAGAUGGAGAGAGCUGAGAUUUGAGUGGAGCAACUGACCGUGGUCCUGUGAGAUCAGAUCUGGGCACAGUGGAAGCUCGAUUGGGGUCUUGUGAGAGAGGCGAAUGCAUGAGGUAUACCGAUGCUGUCUGGGCCAUGCUGGAGCUAUCAGAGUGACCCGAGCCCGGUCCUGUUUGAUCUUUGUUAGCAGCUUGUGAACCAGCGGAACGGGCGGAAAGGGGUAGAGCAGGUGAUGCGGCCAAUUCAGCAGAAACAUGUCUGUUAUCGAACCCGGACUGUGGCCCUCAGGGAGCAGAACUGCUGGCUUUUUCGAUUGGAAUGCGUGGCAAACAGAGAAAGCCCCACACGCGGAAGAUGCUCCGUGCGACAUCCGGACACAGGGACCAUCUGCAGUGAACGGAGGACCUGCUGAGGUGGUCCACAAGCUGAUUCUGCACCCCUGGUAGAAAUGAAGCUUCGAUCGUGACUGAACAUGCGAUGUAGAACUCGCAUAGGCGAACUGCUUCCCGACACAGAGGGAAAGAACGAGCGUCACCCUGUCUGUUGAUGUAGUACAUGGCUGAUGUAUUGUCCGUGAGGACUGAGCUGUUGUCUACGCAAUACGAGGCAAGAAUGCUUAGCAUGUGAGAGACUGCCCUGAGCUCUCUGACAUUGAUGCGGAGUGCCAGCUCCUCUACAGACCAGCACCCCUGAGUCUUGAGCACCCCCAGGUGGGCUCCCCAACCCAGCGCUGAUGCAUCAGAGACCAAGUGUGCAGGCAGUUGAGGUUUUGUGAAGGGAAUCUCUUCGCAGACUACCCAACCGUCUACCCACCAUGAUAGGGAGCUGAGGAUGUGUGUCAGCACCAUAACCACUCUGUCCAAGGGGUGUCUAGAGGGACCGUACGUCAUGGCCAGCCAGGCCUGGAGAGGUCUGAGUCUCAGCCUCGUGUGACGAACCACAUACAUGCACAAUGCCAUGGGGCUGAGAAGGUUCAAGCAUGUUCUGACCAUCAUGAUAGGAUGGGCCUGAAAUAACCCGGAAGUGAUCCUCUGGGAGAAGGGCCUUCACCAGCUGGGAGUCGAAGACUGCCCCAAUGAACUCUAUUCUCUGAGUAGGGACUAGUGUUGACUUCUGCAUGUUGAUCGGAAGGCCCACUGACUGGAAGGUUGUUUGGAUGAGGGCAAUGUCUGACUUCACUUGCUCACGAGACCUGCCCUUGAUUAGCCAGUUGUCGAGGUAUGGGAAUACGUAGACUCCUCUUCUCCUUAGAAGGGCCGCUACCACUGACACACAUUUGGUGAAGACUCUCAGUACCGCUGAAAGGCCGAAUGGCAGGGGCGCAAAUUGGUAGUGCCCCUUGUUUACCACGAAUCUCGAAAAUUUUCUGUGGCCAUUAAAAAUUGAAUAUGGAAGUAUGUGUCCUUUAAGUCAAGGGUGGCAUACCAAUCCCCUGAAUCCAAAGACAGGAUAAUCAAUCCCAAAGAGACCAUACAGACCUCAACCUCUUGAAAAACCAGUUGAGACGACGCAGGUCUAGGAUAGGCGUACGACCUCCCUUGGCCUUGGGUAUCUAAAAAUAACGGGAGUAGAAUCCUCUUCCCUAGAUGUGGUGGAACCUCUUCCACAGCUCCCAUCCUGAGGAGGGAUUGAACUUCUUACUCCAGCAGAAGCUUGUGAGAAGGGUGCCUGAAAAGGGAUGGGGAAGCUGGGUGGGACGGUGGGGAGGAGGUGAAUUGGAGGGUGCAGCCAACCUCCACUGUGUUUAUGAUCCAGAUGUUGGAAGUGACCCAUUUCCAGGCCUCGAGGAAAUGGAAAAGACAGUUGGAAAAAAUAGGGGUAUCUGAAUCCUGGGAAAGUAGAAUUGGAAUGCUGUCCUCAACAAACCCAUCAAAACAAGUGCUUUAGCCCCCCCC